UAUCGGCAGCUUCCUGGGCGGUUGCGAAAGCCGGAGGCUGUGGGGAUGGCCGACAACUGGGACAGCGAGCCUACUAUUCGCACGGUCCUGCAGCGCGUGCUGGAUAACGCGGAUUCGCGUACCCCGCGGCGACCCCGGAGUUCCGGUGCCCAAAGAGCCCUACUUAAAACAUCUUCCUCCAGGAGGCUGAGUAGCAGAACAAAGACAUCUGCCAAACAGCGUUCCCAUGGAGUCAGGUCUAUUGGCAGACUGGCCCACAUUCAAGUCAUUGGUAACCUAAAGGAACAGACACCCCGGACUCUGGUAAAGAACAUCCUAAUAACUGCCCCAGAAUCUUCCAUCCUCAUGCCAGAGUCCGUGGUGAAGCCAGUGCCAGCACUGCAGGUGAUCCAACCCUCCAGAAGGGAAAGCAGUCAGGGCAGCCUGGAGCUACAACUUCCUGAACUUGAGCCCCCCACAACCCUGGCUGCAGGUCUGCCAGCCUCUGGCAGGAAGAAGCAGAGGCUGAGAUUGUCAGUGUUUCAGCAGGAAGUAGACCAGGGGCUGCCUCAUUUGCAAGAGCAUCCUGAAAAUGCUGAUGCCUCAUCCCUUACCAGCUCCCUCAACCUGACUUUUGCUACACCUCUUAAGCCACAGUCAGUGAGGAGACCUGGUUUGGCUCGCAGACCUCCCCGCCCCCGUGCUAUAGAUGUGGGUGCCUUGUUGCAGGAUCUGCAAGAUAAUUCCUUGGCCUUGGCUCCUCCAGGUGACAGCCUUAAAACCCCUAUUGCAAAUCUGCCAUCGGACACUGUACUGGAAGACACCCAGCCAUUCUCACAGUCCUUGGUUGGCUGCUCCCCCAGUGUACAUCGCUCUCUGCCCAACCCCUUUCCUACUGGUACUGAAGAUGCUGAGAGGACUAUGGGGGACAGGACACAGAGCAGUGGACCUGGGCUACAGAACCACAAAGUAAUGGAAGCAGAGGAAUCCCAGGAGGCAGAGGAGCCAGAAGGAUCUUCAGAGGAUGAGAACACCUCUGACAGGCCAGCAAGUCCACAAUUGGCAUCCAGUACACCCAGGUUCCUUCAGGCCAAGCGACUGCAUUCAAUUCUUGAGCCAGCCCCACCGCCUGAUGUUGCAGUCUUGUCUUCAGAGACUAUGGAGCCUGUGUCAGCCCGGGUUACCCCCAGACCCCGAACUGCUGGCUCCAGGCCCCGUCAAGAUUCCUACAAGGCUGGACUGAACCACUAUGCAAAACUCUUCAGCUUCUUUGCUAAGAUGCCCAUGGAGAGGAAGGCUUUUGAAAUGGUGGAGAAAUGCCUAGACAAGUAUUUCCAGCACCUUUGCAAUGACCUGGAGGUAUUUGCUGCUCAUGCUGGCCGAAAGACUGUGAGGCCAGAAGACUUGGAACUGUUGAUGCGACGGCAGGGCCUGAUCACUGACCAAGUCUCAUUGUAUGUGCUUGUGGAACGACACCUACCCCUGGAGUACCGGCAGCUGCUCAUCCCCUGUGCAUUCAGUGGGAAUUCUGUCUUCCCUGUGCAGUAGUGGCCAGGUUUCAAUAUGCCGUCUCCCCACCUGAGGCCUCUUAACCCCACAUAACCCUCCAGCUCUCCUCCCUGUCCCCUAGCAUCAAUAAAUUGUGACAAAUAGAA